UGUGUUCUGUGUCAUUAUAUAAGUAAGUUGUUUGAAUUAAUGAUAAAAAAUAAGAUACAGCCUCCUCUACAGGUGGAGCGGGAGACUAACUCUUUAUGGACUGAAGGAGGAAGAACCACAGGAGAUUGGCAGGGUCUUCCUUCCACUAGCAAGGUGCAUCAGUGUCCACACUGUGCCUACAGCACUAAUGACUCUCAUAAACUUAAGAGGCAUUCAUUGAAGCACACUGGAGAGAAACCGUUUUCUUGUCCUUACUGCUCUUAUGGAACUACAAGGAAGGAAUUUCUGAAGGAACACAUAAAUAGACAUACAGGCGAAAAGCCUUUUGCGUGCCCUCAUUGCUCCUACAGUUCAUCCCAUAGGAAUAUCUUAAGGCGGCAUAUACGUCGACAUGCGGAGGAGCAAAGCCACUCAUGCAAACAGUGCCCAUAUCAAGCAUCUGAUGCCACAAGCCUGUCCUUUCACAUGAUGUGUCACAAACAAGAUGGAGACACAAAGUAGUGUAUUCAAUAUUUAAGUGAGUUAUUAG